UAUGGCUUUCAUGAUUUCAAUCAACUACAUACAAAUUACAAAAAUGUAUUGUAGAACUGUUGUCUUAAUUAUGAAUUGAGAUAAUAGGAAAUCUUGGUGAUUUUCCUAUCAUUUUCCAUAUAAACUUAGAAACAAAAAGACACACGUAGAUUUUGGAGCUAAAAUUUCGAGGUAAAAUUAGGUAAUAAUGAAAGGAGAAAUUCAGAUCUAUUUUUAUUGUGAUGAUUUAGUCAACAGCAUAAUGAAUAUGUCUUGUAAUACAAAUGAAUAAAUACAGUUUCUCUAGAAUGACAUAGCUUUUCACAAUCCAGUUAUAUAGAUAGCAUAAUGGAUAAAUUUUGGCUGACUACGACUAAUUGAACUUCGCAGGUCAACUUUCCUAACGUGGAGUGCAUGGAUGUUAAGCGAUUGGAUUGUACAGUAAAGCUAAUUGAAUUUGAUUCAAUUCAGUCACUGCAAAAUCUUGAAUAUCCUCGCGUGCUCGACUGUAAAGCACUUCAAGUAUUGUUUGACUUUGAGGGUAUGAAGGUCACUAAUGACGAUGCAGAAAUUAAUAUGCUUGGUCGAUUAGAAACAUUGUUGCUGACCGAUCUACCACAAUUGGUGAACAUUACAAGGAUGGUUCCAGAAGGAAUUCGCGUCUUCCAAAAUUUAACAAAUCUUGAUGUUACUGGUUGUGAGAGCUUAAGAUACUUAUUUUCACCUUCUAUAAUCAGAUCAGCCAAAUCUACAUUCAAUAAGCGGAUUUGGAUUUUCAAAGAUGUAAAAGAAGAAAAACGACAUCGUCAACGUACCAAUAGUGUAAGAGAAGAGAUGAUUUUGGAUAGUAGAAGAAAUGAAGAAGAAUAA